CUCAGUCAGUCGAGAUGUGUAUGACACGCACGCGAGCGUCAGAUGUGGCUCAUCAGUGAGGAGGGGAGAUCGGCUGAGUGGCUGUUGGCUUUACACUAAGAUGUCAGCGGCAGCUUCUCUGCAGUGAGCACAUUGAGGUUAUGCUGCCUAUAAACUCCUGCUUGAGUCUCAGUGAGAAAGAGAAAGGCUAAAGCCUGAGCAGAUCCGAGCGUUGUUGAGCGUCUCCUGUGCUGCUUCAACCAUGAGUGACCCCGUGACUUCAAAUGAGCUCACCAAUGCUGUGGCUUCAGUCAUUCACAAACCCGAGUCAUCAUCCACAACUGUCCGAGUGCCACAGAGGGAGGAAGAGGAGGAAGGUGACCUGAAUAAAGCGUUAGGAGUUCAACGCUUCCAGCAGAUCCUGAGCCCCACUCCCAGAGUUCGCAGCGAGCAGCACCGCACAUACAAUGAGGAAGACUUUGAAUAUCACCGUCACUCGUCCCAUCACAUCCACCACCCCCUGUCCAAACUCCCAGGAGACGGCAGGAGGAAGAAGAGUGGGAGGAAGAGGAGACGGAGCAGCAGUAAGGACCACAGAGUGUGUUCCAGCCCCAGCGGUGCUUUAGCCAUCGAAGAGGGUGAAGAUGAGGAGGAGGAGGAAGAUGAAGAAGCUACGGAGGUCCAGAGCGUCACCCCAGCGCUCACAACAGAGAGAAAAGACAGUGUUCAGUUCUUCGUGUCAGAUGACGAGCCUCAUGUAUCCACACCCGAGACUUCAGAACCUCUUCCUGCGCGAGAAAUCCUGAUCGUCCCCUCGUCUGCUGUAUGUGCAGAGCCUCAGGACAGCACAUCCACUGAGCCAUCUGACCCUGUUCCUCCGACCCCUAGCGCCACUGAACCCAGCUCUCUGCCACGUGUGUCAAGUCGCAGCUACGACCUUCAGGAGAGACGUCGCACGGGCAACAUGACGGGGACCGAGCAGGCCAAAUACCAGCGGAUCCCCACUGAUGAGUUUGAGGCACAGACCCUGGCCUCGGCCGACCUGGACGGCAUUAAAAGCCAUCGUUUUGAAGAUGUUCCUGGAGUACGUCGACACCUGGUCAGGAAAAGCACGAAGGGUCAGGUGGUGCACAUCAGCAAAGACCACAAAGAGCCCAGCACACGCAGUCGCAAACUGGACCGGACGCCACAUGAGGUGUUUGUGGAGCUGAAUGAGCUGAUCAUGGAUAAAAACCAGGAGAUGCAGUGGAGAGAAACGGCUCGCUGGAUCAAGUUUGAAGAGGAUGUGGAGGAGGAGACGGACCGCUGGGGGAAACCACACGUCGCCUCGCUGUCAUUCCGCAGUCUGCUGGAGCUGAGAAAAACCAUCUCUCAUGGAGCUGUGCUUUUGGACUUGGACCAGAAGACUCUACCUGGCAUCGCCCAUCAGGUGGUGGAACAGAUGAUCAUCUCUGAUCAGAUCAAAGCCGAGGACAGAGCCAAUGUCCUCCGUGCUCUUCUACUCAAGCACAGUCACCCGAGCGAUGAGAAGGAGCACAGCUCCUCAUUCCCCAGAAACAUCUCAGCAGCCAGCCUGGGCUCUCUGAUCACCCAUCACCAGAGCAGCAGUAACCACCUGUCCCCAGUCCCCGAACUCUCCGUCACAGAGCCACUCAUGGGGUCCACAAGGACCAGUCAAGACAGCUCACUUCACAUUGACAUUGAGAAGAACGAGAAAGAUUCUGCUUCAUCCAUAGGCAUGCACAGAUCCAAAUCCAAACAUGAACUUAAGCUUCUGGAGAAAAUUCCGGAAAAUGCUGAAGCCACUGUCGUACUUGUUGGCAGUGUUGACUUCCUGGAGCAGCCCACCAUGGCAUUUGUUCGACUUCAGGAAGCUGUAGAACUGGACUCUGUGUUGGAGGUUCCGGUUCCUGUUCGGUUUCUCUUUGUGCUGCUUGGUCCUCCCAGCACCAGCAUGGACUACCACCAGAUCGGACGCUCCAUUUCAACACUCAUGUCUGACAAGCAAUUUCAUGAAUCUGCGUACCUGGCAGAUGAUCGGCAGGACCUGCUCAAUGCCAUCAAUGGCUUUCUGGACUGCAGUAUUGUUCUGCCUCCAUCAGAACUAGGCGGUGAAGAGCUCCUGCGAUCUGUUGCUCACUUCCAAAGAGAGAUGCUCCGCAAGAGAGAGGAGCAGGAAGUGGCCUUGCUGUCCAAAGAGCCCAAGAGCCUUGAAGAGAAAGAGGCCUUGCUGGCACCCUUAAAACUAGAAGACGACCCAUUACGACGCACAGGCCAUCUGUUUGGUGGGCUGAUCCGUGACGCCCAGCGCCGUUACCCAAAGUACAUCAGUGACUUCAAGGAUGCGCUGAACCUCCAGUGCAUGGCUGCUGUCAUCUUUAUUUAUUUCGCUGCUCUUUCUCCCACCAUCACAUUCGGAGGCCUUCUAGGUGAGAAGACUGAAGGCCUCAUUGGUGUGUCGGAGCUGAUUGUGGCCACUUGUAUUCAGGGUGUGUUGUUCUGUCUGCUCGGGGUUCAGCCACUUCUGGUGGUGGGCUUCUCUGGACCAAUCCUGGUGUUUGAAGAAGCCUUCUUCUCUGUGAGUUUACAUAAGGUCGUGAUUUGUCGUCUUCUGUCUAAAAUAAGUCAAUUUUGGUCUUUUUUACAGCUAAGAAGAGUUAUUGGAGAUUUUGGAGUUCCUAUUGCCAUUCUUAUCAUGGUUCUGGUAGACUACAGCAUUCAAGACACACACUCACAGAAACUGAGUGUACCACGAGGUUUUUCAGAGACUAGUACUGAUAAGCGAGGUUGGAUAGUCAAUCCUCUGGGCUCUGAUGGUCAGUUCCCUAUCUGGAUGAUGUUUGCCAGCAUCCUUCCGGCUCUGCUCGUCUUCAUUCUCAUCUUUAUGGAGACACAAAUCACAACGUUGAUAGUCAGUAAGAAAGAGCGAAUGCUGGUCAAGGGUUCUGGUUUUCAUCUGGAUCUGUUGCUCAUCGUGACUCUCGGUGGCACCAGCGCUCUGUUCGGCCUGCCGUGGAUGGCUGCGGCCACCGUGCGCUCUGUAACCCAUGCCAACGCCCUCACCGUAAUGAGCAAAGCCGUCGCCCCUGGAGACAAACCUCGAAUCCAGGAGGUCAAGGAGCAGAGGGUGACCGGGUUACUGGUGGCAAUACUUGUAGGUCUCUCAAUAGUAAUCGGUGAUCUGCUCGGUCAAAUCCCCAUCGCUGUGCUGUUUGGCAUCUUCCUGUACAUGGGUGUGAUGUCACUGAAUGGGAUCCAGCUGACUGAACGGAUCUUGCUGCUGCUGAUGCCCCCUAAAUACCACCCUGAUCACACCUAUGUGAGCAAGGUGCGGACCCUGCGGAUGCAUCUCUUCACUGCAAUACAGGUGGUCUGUCUUGCUGUCCUCUGGGCGGUCAUGUCUACUGUGGCAUCUCUGGCUUUCCCGUUCGUUCUCAUCAUGACCGUCCCUGUCAAGAUGUUUCUUCUGCCACGCAUCUUUAGCGCUCGUGAAAUGCAGUGUUUGGACGCUGAUGACGCAGAGCCUACUUUUGACGAGAAGGAGGGUCACGACGAAUACACAGAGAUGCACAUGCCAGUCUGAGCCACGACCGCAGCUGUCCGUCUCUUGCCUGUCUUCCUGUCAGUCACACUAUUGGCCAGUAGGAUAGUUGCUUUUAAAACCUUGAUAUACCAAAUCGCACAGCGAGUCUUGACGUGCUGUAGAAGUGAGAAUAGUGCAUUACGUGGACCUGAUCUCCACCCGGCAUUUCCAGAGACUCAUUUCAUUUGUAUUAGAGAGUUUGAGCUGCUAUCACACCGUCUAGCCUUAAACAAGCGUGUUUGUCGCCUAUGAGGAAAACGAAUGUACCUUAUGGGGUUAACUGGACGUUCACCAUUCAGGGCCCAUGCAAUAUUAUAUGUAGUUUAUAGUGAGUAUUCAUGAUCAAGAAAGAUUGCCAAGGUCCAUUUCAUCUUAUGCUGCAUGUAUGUCUGUGCUUUUAAUAGUUUUACUAGCUUCUCUUUUAUUUUCUGAUUUAUGACCCAGCAUAUAUUAAUUCACACAUUUUACAGUAUUUUUUUUUUCCUUCAUUGCCAUCCAAUCAUGACUUCUUUCCCUUUCGAAAUUCCAUCUAAACUGGUGUUUUCUCUGCUAUAAUGCAUGAAACCCUAAACUCUCACAAUAACUCUAGGUGUGCAGAUGCUGUAUAUUUUAUAUUGACUGUUACAUGCAGUGCGAGUGAACUCGAGUUUUAGAGGACGUAUUUGGUGGUAAAUGGUCCUGAGGGAUUUUAAGAUGUGUUUUAGCUCGGAUAGAUGCACUAGUGACCUACUUGGAGUCUUAAAACCCAUUUUAAGAAAAAGAAACGGUGCGUCCCUACAGAUGAUUCCAGAAUUGUAGUGUUUAGGGUUCUGAUUCAAUUUAUCAUGGUUUAUUUAUGACAACUAAACAUGUUGACCUGAUAAAUUGGUAUUUUCUACCACGUAUUAGUGGGUAUAUUUGAUGGUAAGUGGUCUUGAGGAAUUUUAAGAUGAGUUUUACCUUGGAUGGAAGCACUAGUGACUUAGUUUGGCAUCUUAAAACACAUUUUAAGAA